CGGGUGCUGAGCGGUGCUGGACUUUGGGAUGUGUCUGCUUUUGGGGGCUACCGGCGUGGGGAAGUCGCUGUUGGUGAAAAGACUGCAGAAGCUGAGCUCUCAGGAUGGGAAGGGUGACCUGGGCGAUCCUCCCCCUACGCGGCCCACGGUGGGCACCGACCUCACUGACCUCAUGGCCCCCAGAAAGAUCACCAUCCGAGAGCUGGGCGGGUGCAUGGGCCCCAUCUGGCCUAGUUACUAUGGAAACUGCCGUUCUCUCCUGUUUGUAGUGGACGCCGCCAACCCCACCCAGCUCUCUGCGUCCUGCGUGCAGCUCCUGGGCCUCCUGUCUGCAGAGCCCCUUGCAAGGGCAGCGGUCCUGGUGGUCUUCAACAAGAUCGACCUGCCCUGUUACAUGACCGUGGAGGAGAUGAAGUCGUUAAUCAGGCUCCCAGACAUCAUUGCUUGUGCCAAGCAGAACAUCACUGUGGCAGAGGUCAGUGCCCGAACUGGCACUGGCUUGACAGGGGUGCUGCGCUGGCUCCAGGACACCCACAGAACCAGCAGGUGACCACCAGGUGGAGAGUGGCCGGACAGCUCCGUGCAGAGGAGGCAGAGGACGGCCAUGCUUGGCCUCCGAGGUCUGUUCUCAGGAAGACAGCUGACCCAGCAAAAGCCAAGACGGCGGGCUGCUGUGCUGAGCUGUGGGUACGGGUAAACUGAGGCACCCAGGUUACAAACACUGCUGACAGCUGACGCUGGAAGGCAGACUGUCCAGGGCUGGGGGAGCGGGACCGCCCACCAGAGCUCUGGCCCUCUGAGCACCCGGAGGAGGCUGGAGGAUGGGGGAGGCUCCAGUGGAGCACAGGUGCUGGCAGGCUCGUGCUGGGCUCUCUGGGCCCGGGUCCCGCUCAGUGUCCCUUCCACUUUGGCUGAGGGAACCGGCAGGACAACUGCUGAUGGGUGGGUAUGUCCCAGGGCACCCAUAACAAAUGACCUCAAACUGACUUAAAACAACCUAAGUUUCUGAUCACGGCUCUGGAGGCCAGAAGUCUGAGAUCGAGGUAUUGUAACCAGGGUAUGAGCAGGGUUGGGCCCUGCUCCUGGAGGCCCCGAGGGGGUCCUGUCCCUGGUCUGUCUCCCAGCUCCGACUGGCAGUGGUAAUUUGGGGGGGGUCCUUGGCCCAGGGCUGGUUGAGCAUGCAUCUCUGCCUCUGUCUUCACAUGGCCUUCUCUUGGGGACAUCUGUCAUUGGACUUGGGCCUGCCCCAAAUCCUGGGUGCCCUUGAGGCCCGUAUUACAUUGGCAAAGACUGUUUCCAAAAACAGCCACAUUUAUACGUUAUGCUGGUUACAGCUUGGACGGAUCUUUUAGGGACCACUAUCCACCUGCUCUGUUGGGCCAGGAACGCAUUGCCUGAGUGGUCGGCGGCGUCAGGCCUCGCGGUGCUCCUGGCCCUUUGCCGUGCACAGCCUGCGCUGCAGCUGGGCGCCCCGUGACUCGCCCCAGGAGGUUGCUCCUGCUUUCACUGCUGAGCAGCUGUCCUCGUGGAGGACCCCCCACUCAGAGGUGGGGUUCUUGUAGCUUUCAGACACCCGACUUCAGGAUUUGAGCAAAGCCCAGUUAAAAGCACGACGUGUUGGAAGGGCCUCUAAGCUGUAACUCAUCAGUUCUCCAGCAAAGGGGGGAGUGGGGUGUGAGCUCUGGGGCUGGCCCUCGGGGUGCCAGCAGGCCGGAAGCCCCCUUUUACUGUAAAUUUCUAAAUUGUGUAAACCGUGUUCUGUGUAUUUGAAACGUGAAUUAAACCAACAAAAUAAAAGCAACUAAAAACCUGAAAAGCUCCUCCUAAGGUGCAUUGGAGCCCAACAGGAGGCCUGUCUGGCCUUCACUGGAGGACAACUGACGUCUGGAGCGUGGCUCCAUGCUCUGUGUUAGUGCCCCCCAGGACAGACCCGCUGCACAGGGCAAACUGCUACGUCUGGGAGCCGUUUU